AUGUUACUUGCGCAAUAUAAGCUACCUCUCAGGAAGUAUAUAGUAACGAGUGUUCAACAACUGGCCAGACUGGCCGAUAUAUCCGCACACUGUGAGUACUUUGUCAAGUACGAAUGUCUUGACUCACAGCUCCUCAAUGGUCCAGGCAGCAUAGAUUAUAUACAUGAUCGGUGGGUAUCACGCGACGGGAGGGUAGAAUUAUACUUCUUACAUGCACGCGUGCGGGUUAAAUCGAUCAUGCGCGGAUCCGCGCUAUGGAUGCAGUUUUGACAUAAAUGAUUAUGUUUCGCGGGAGAACAGAGAACUGCUUACAAAUAAGGCUGAACUUCCUGUGAUUCAACUGAGAUUUGGUGAUACAGGGGAAGCUGGAGACGAUGAACGAGGUUACCGAACCCUUGAAACU